AUUAUAAAUACAGUUAUAAUCGCAUCGUUAUCCAUCAUUCGUCCAUUGGUUCGAAUACAAUCAACACUGCUCUCAGUAUGAACUCGUUAAGCAUUGUGUUCUGCUUUCUAGCUGCGUCUGUGCUGACAUCUGAAGCAUUCGACUUCUUAGGGGGAUACGACGGUGACAAAAGAUGGAACAACGAUGGACCAGAUUCUUUUUGGCGUAGCGGUAUGGAUCGCGGACAUGGCGGAAAAUCCGACUCGAAAAAUGACAACAAGAAGAAAAUGCUAGAAGAACUGCUGACUAAAUCUAUGUACAAUCAAUUCAAAGCGUACAUGAUGAUGGCGAAUUCCUAUAAAAUGCUGGGAGAAGGUGUGAAGUCGCAGAGAAUCGCUUUGGCCCAAGCCAAUGGAGGAACGUUGGGCAGCAACUUCCAUAAUUCUUUUCUAGGUGGUAGCAUGGAUCGCUUUUAUUCCUGAACGUUACAUGAAGCGACCUCUCUUUAACGCAGACUACCGUGUUUCUACAGUCGCUCUCAUCUGGUGCUUGGGAUACAAAGAAGAUAUAAAGAAAAUCAAUAAACAUGCAUAUCUUUAAAGAAAAGGUAGACACGGAAUGAAAUAAAGCCGUUAAACAAA